AUGUUCAAAUUAGUGGUGUUGUGCGCUUUCGUGGCAGCGGCGGUUGCUGACCCCGACCCACAACUUUUCGCAGCUCCUGCCUUGGCGCCUGGAAUUAUUGCUCCUGCGGCGAGAUAUUUCCCAGCCUCCAGCUACUUGUACCAGUCGCCACUGAUUUCUGCACCUCUAUCGUACUCCGCUCCCUUGGGCUAUGCUCAUCUCAUCAAGAAGCGGUCAGCACCACUCGUUCUGAACCCCUACUCCUUCCCCUCUUCAUACAUCGCACCUGGUAGCUAUGCUUACUCAUCUCCGAUUGUGAGCUCCUACUCCGCUGCUGCUCCUUUGGUACCAGCUAUCGGAUCUAGACUAGUAUAUUCCACCGGCGCCCACCUCAUCAAGAAGCGGUAUGCAACCCUGCCCGUAUCCAGCUACACAACUCCUUUCACUUACAUCGCUCCCACAACUUACUCUUCUAGCCGGCCUUUAGUUUCUGCUGCAGCCAUUUCCUCUCCUCUUAUCUCCUCCGUACCUUACUCUUACUCCACUCACUACAUCAAGAAGCGGUCUGCUCCUCUUGCCAUUGCUGCUUACGCCGCUCCUGGAGCCUACUCUCACCAGUCCAGAGUUGACAUCCAAUCUUCGGGUCCAGUGACAGCCUACACAUCUUACUCAAGCCCCCUGGUUUAUUCCCGUCCCAUUGCAUACACCCAUUUGUACUGA